UAGUGGUUGACAGCGGUAGCUGCUAGCUUACAGGGGCACCGCAGCUCCAGCAGGACAGCGAUGGGACUUAGGCGAUAUGUAUCUCAAAAAAAUCAAACGGAAGGACUGAGCCGCUAGUGAUGGAUACGCAAUAGUUUCAGUGUUAUAUGCUGCUUUAAGGAGUCUCUGGACACCGCUUAUCAAGCUGAGGACAUAAAGCGUAACUUAGCAGGCUUGUUCUUCACGGGGGAGGAAGUUUGUUGCGGCGAAGGGAACAUAAUAGGAAACCGGGGAGGGACAAAAUAUCUCGACAUGGAGGACUUCGGGUCGGCCCUGGAGAAAAAUGUGGCUGACCUCACGGUGAUGGACGUGUAUGACAUCGCCGCAGUGGUGGGGCAGGAGUUUGAGCGGAUCAUAGACCAGUAUGGCUGCGAGGCUCUGUCUAGGCUCAUGCCCAAAGUGGUGCGGGUCCUGGAGAUCCUGGAGGUGAUGGUGAGUCGCAGCAGCAUCAGCCCGGAGACCGAAGAGCUGAGGCUGGAGCUGGACAAGCUGCGUCUGGAGCGCAUAGACCGGCUGGAGAAGGAGAAGAGGCACAGAAAGGAGUUGGAGCUGGUGGAGGAUGUGUGGAGGGGAGAAGCUCAGGAUUUGCUCUCCCAGAUUGCUCAGCUGCAGGAAGAGAACAAAACCCUUCUCACCAACAUGUCCAUGAAAGACCCCAUGAGCGAGGAGGAGCUGCAGAGGCAUGAGGGUAUGUCAGAAAGGGAGAGGCAGGUGAUGAAGAAGCUCAAAGAAGUGGUGGACAAGCAGAGAGAUGAGAUUCGAGCCAAGGACCGUGAGCUCACUCUGAAAAAUGAGGACAUAGAAGCACUCCAGCAGCAACAGUCUCGACUUAUGAAAAUCAACCAUGACCUGCGCCAUAAAAUCUCUGUGGUAGAAGCUCAAGGGAAAGCUCUCAUUGAACAGAAGGUUGAGCUAGAGGCCAGUGCUCAGGCUCGGGGACAGGAAGUUGCUGCUCUUCGGCAAGAAGCUGCACGCUUAAGGGAACGGCUUCAAGGAGAGCUGACUGCUCAGAACCCAGAUGAGCCCCCACCUCAGCCUCCUUCACCUGCAGAGGAGGCGAUGUGCGAUGAAGACAUGCCUGCUGUGUUCCAAUAUUUCACUAAGGAGGCGCUGUGUGAGGAGGAGUCAGGGGGCCUGGAUCCAAAGGACCCCAACAGGCCCAGAUUCACCCUGCAGGAGCUGAGGGAUGUCCUGCAUGAGCGGAAUGAGCUAAAGGCCAAAGUGUUCCUGCUGCAGGAGGAGCUGGCCUACUAUAAAAGUGAUGAGGCAGACGAGGAGAUUAUAACUCCAUCUUCUUCUCCCUCCCCUGAACUGAGAACUCGCUCCCGCUCUGCUGCCCAGCCAGAAUCGGGAAUCAAACGCCUGUUUAGUUUCUUCUCACGUGACAAGCAGCGGAGCUCGCAGCGCAGUGCACAUUUCGACGUCGGCUUCGGCUCGUGGGCAGGCAAAGACGACGUGUACACCGAACAAGCCCAGGAGGCGUUGCAGCACAUGUAGUCACCGUAUGGGACUUAAAACUCUUAACACUCCCAUCACUCAACUGCACACCAAACCAACACUAGCAACUCACACUGCAGCUGAAAUGCCAUGUACAUGAGGUGGGAAGAUGGCAAGAAACAAGAAGAAUCUAAUGUCCUUCGAAAAAAUACAGCGUAUACUUCAAAUUCUGCCAUUUAAAAAAAAAAAAAAAAAAAAUCCCUGAAAGUGUUUUACAGGAUUCACAUGCAGGCGAGAGGGUAAACUCAGGUUGAACUGUGGAAAGUGGAACGUUUUGGCAGGUGGUAAAUGAUAAGGAGCUGAAGGUCCGGAGUAAACGAGGGGGAAAAUGACUGCACACCUGAGUGUCACUAGUUUUUUAAUGAGAGCAACAUUUUAAUAUCCCAUUUAGUUAUUUCAAAUUUCUGUCAAGGGGGCAGCUAAUCAGUCCAUCACCAGCGUUUUGCAAGUUGAGACUAUGCAGCUCUAUAAAAUCUAAUUGAGGCCUCUGUUUAAAUGUUGCAUGCAGUCACAAUUUAAAGCUGUGUGAAGGUGUGAAGAUAUUUUGUUUUCAUAUUUAAUGCAGCAGUUUCUGCGACUAAAAAGAAUGAAUGCAUAAACACUUGGUUAUGAGAAUUUAAAGUACUCGUGUAAAGUGAAAGUUAGAUUUUGACCAUCAUAAUCCCAAGUUGUCUUUGCAUUUUUACCCAGUCAUCAUAGUUUCUAUUAUCCUAUUAUAGGAUGGUUUAAGCAUUUUAGCAUUUCAUGACGUCUCCUAUAAUGCUGGUUACAUGUUGUUUGUAGCCAGCAUAAGCAACAUCGUGGCUUUAAAGUUGAAUUAGUGGGUCAUUAAUUCACAUAUUUGUACUUUUUAAGUCAGUGUUUGCAAUAUUCCAUAAUUUCAUGGUAAUAUAAAAGCUUUGGCAUGGUGAAUUAGUUCAUUAUAAAACUUUUCCAGUUUUAUUUAAGUCAACUACUACUGAUGAAUUAUUUUACAUUUUUUACUCACUCAUCAUGGUUUAGUAUAAAUUUAACACCUGACUUAAUAAUUUAUUGUUUUUACGAUCUGAAAACCGUAAAUGAAUAUAAUACAUUUGACUAAACAAAUUACAAAUUAAAUUGUAAGAUUUAGCUAACCCAUUUUAUUUAUUAGAUCUUUACUCCUACUAAUGAUCUUUUCAUAGAUUAAAAGUUGUAAAUCAAAGCUUGAGCUUUUCGUUCAUUACUGCGAUUUUUUUAUUUUCUUUUAGUCAAUCUAAUUCUAAUUUAUUAACUUAAUGAUGAUGUAUUGUUUCAUAAUUUUGACAUAGUAAGCUCUUCACUCACUAUAGUUUUGACUUAGUAUCUCUUUAUUUUGUUCGAGAAAUUUGAAUAUAUUUAUGUUUGUGAUGCUUCUUUUUUCUUUUUAUGUACCCCUUUUCUCUAACAAUUAACACAGAUUUGUCUUUUGUGAAAGAGAGAAUAGAUGUGCCAUGGGAAUUCCCCUAAUAUUUUACACUAUCUAAACAAAGCCUUACAUACAAACUUACAUUUGUCAUAAAGUCUGAUUUCAUGCUUUCAGUGACAAACGUGACGCUCCACAUUGUGCUCAUGCAAACUUGCAGUUUUGUAACACCAGCCAAACCAUAGCAGGCAAUAAUAAAUUACAUCUAUAUGAUAAUUUCUAUAAUCAAACAUAGACCCUAAGAGACAAUGUAAUAUUGUAUUAGAAUCACUUAUAACAAAAAUGUACAGCAUCACAAGCUUUCACUUCAAAUAAAAGCAAAAUAAAUUAAAAUGUAUUUUAAUUAAUACAUAUAUUGUGCCAUCAAUAAGAGCCUAAAUCUUAAAUUACAUUUGCACUUUUUCCCUAGAUAAAAUAUUCAUAUUCAGCAUAAGCAACAAUAAUAACCCCAAAUAUCAUCACACAUCAUGUGCAAAAUAGAAGUCAGUGCGUUUGUGUUUAUAUGCAUCAUUUAUACAAGGCCUCAAAUUUAAACAUGAAUCAAGGCUCUGUUUAGAAACUGUAAGUCAUGAAGGAUUAAUUAUUUCUCAAAUUGUGCAUGGUUUAAAAUAAUGGUAAUUAAGCUGAAGAGUGUGUUUACAUAUAUUUUUUAAAAAGGCUAUUUUGCGGAUGGUGCUUGUGCUUUAACAGCUGAUGCCUUCAUGGAAACGUUAACAGUAGUGGCACUUUAUCUUCAUUUAUACUCACCCAGGAAGGUGGAAUAAAUGAAUGGCAAAUGAAAAGAUUGAGAAAUGAGGCUAAAGACGUGUGUCAAAGCAGCUUUCCCCCUUUUAUGAAAUCACAGAUACGUUAAAGAGAAACUAUAUUUUACAUGUUAUUUGGAAGUCAAAGGGAUCUGCUCAAUUUAUUCAUGAAGGAAUUAAACAGUGAAAUAUUUUAAGGGAAAUGAACUCAUACCCGAGUGCUCACUCCAAUCUUCAUUUUUUCCCUUUGUUGAGUCUCCUAUGAAGCCCAUUAAAGUGGAGAUUUAAGAGGUAUAUUGAAUGGAUCAGUGCUUUAUGAAAUUCAAACAUGUCACAUCAGUAAUAAAAAUCUGUAAUAUUUGA